AUCGAGUUGUUAGUGAGACAUUUGGAAAGAGUGGCGGGAAGGAACCUGGAUCUGCAUUACCACACACACGCACGUGAGCACCAUCAGAGACUGCCUCCUUUCCAGCGAUGGCCGCCGGCUGACCUCGGGGUAGAAUAACAUGCAAGAGCAGCGAGAGGAGCAGCCUCCAAGCCCCGCCUCCACUGCCAACCAAAGCUUGAGCGGGCUGAGGAUGCUGACGAGGAGAGUCAUUGCCAAGGCAGCUUUGCAGCAAAAGGAGUCCAGCGGGUUUGCAGACUGGAGUGAGAGCGCACAGUGUGGAGAUCACGUGUGGUUCGAGGCCAGUGCGUCAGGAGAUGUAUGUUACGUUGGCGAGCAGCACUGUCUGGCAAAAUCCUUGCAAAAGUCAGCAGCCAGAGAGAAAUGUGCGGCCUGUAAGAUUUCAGUGCACGUGACGUGCAUGGAGCAGCUGGACAAGAUCAACUUCAAGUGUAAACCCUCGUUCCGGGAGACGGGGUCUCGCACGGCUCGAGAGGGCAACGCCAUGCGCCACCAUUGGGUCCAUCGGCGACGCCAGGCGGGAAAAUGCCGCCAAUGUGGAAAGGGAUUCCAAGCCAAGUUUUCAUUUCACAGCAAAGAGAUUGUCGCCAUCAGCUGCUCGUGGUGCAAACAGGCAUACCACAACAAGGUGACGUGUUUCAUGCUGCAACACAUCGAAGAGUUCUGCUCACUUGGCGCCCAUGCCGCCGUCAUCAUCCCGCCCACAUGGAUCCUGCGAGUGAGGCGCCCUCAGUCGUCGCUGAAGUCGAGCAAGAAGAAAAAGACGUCAUUAAAAGUCAACAAGACCAACAAGAAGGGAGCAGAGCUCCAAGAUGGCCGCUGGAAGCCCUUCUUGAUCAAGCCCCGCCCCUCUCAUCUCAUGAAGCCCCUACUGGUUUUUGUCAACCCCAAGAGCGGCGGAAAUCAGGGCGCCAAAAUAAUCAAGUCGUUCAUGUGGUACCUGAACCCUCGACAGGUGUUUGACCUGACCAGGGGAGGACCUGAGCAGGGAUUGGAGCUUUUUGCUAAAGUUCCCAAUUUAAGGAUCCUGGUGUGUGGCGGCGAUGGCACGGUGGGAUGGAUCUUGUCCGUGUUGGACCAGCAGAAGCUCGUCCCCCAACCACCCGUGGCCGUCCUUCCCCUGGGAACAGGAAACGACUUGGCGAGAACCCUCAAUUGGGGAGGGGGUUACACGGACGAGCCCCUCGCCAAAAUCCUGUCCCACGUGGAGGACGGGAACGUGGUUCAGCUGGACCGCUGGAACGUACGCGUGGAGGCCAACAAACUUUGCGAGGGAAGCGACGAGCAUCAGGCCAACAAGCUCCCCGUGGACGUGUUCAACAACUACUUCAGCCUAGGCUUCGACGCUCACGUUACGCUGGGCUUCCAUGAGUCUCGAGAGGCCAACCCUGAAAAGUUCAACAGUCGCCUUAGAAACAAAAUAUUCUACGCUGGGACAGCAUUUUCAGACUUCCUCAGUGGGAAUUCCAAAGAUUUGUCCAAGCACAUCACAGUUGUGUGUGACGGCGUGGACUUGACAGCUAAAGUCCAGGAGCUGAAGCUCCAGUGUCUUCUCUUCCUCAACAUCCCCAGAUACUGUGCUGGGACGACGCCUUGGGGUCACCCCGGCGAAAAUUACGACUUUGAGCCGCAGCGCCUUGAUGACGGCUGCAUCGAGGUCAUCGGCUUCACCAUGACUUCUCUGGCCACGCUGCAGGUCGGAGGUCACGGCGAGAGGCUGCAGCAGUGCAAGGAAGUGACGCUGACCACCAACAAAGUCAUCCCCGUACAAGUGGAUGGUGAGCCAUGCAAGCUGGCGCCCUCCAUCAUCCACAUCAGCCUAAAGAACCGGGCCAACAUGGUUCAGAAGUCCAAGAGGAGGUUCUCCAUGGCGCACCUCAACAAUCAGGAGCUGGUCCCUGAGAAGCAAGAGGUUCAAGUAAACAAGAUCAACAUGGCCGCCUACCAAAGUCUCCAUUACGACAAAAACCUGCUGAAGGAGUCGUCGGUGCCUCUGGGCGUGGUGAGUGUGCCAGGGGACAGCGACCUGGAGACGUGUCGCCUCCUCAUCCAGCGUCUUCACAACGACUCGGACCAGGAAGGCGCGGCCGCGGCGGGCGACAAGAUGUCAAUCAACUGGUGCUUCCUGGACUGUACCACCGCCGACCGCUUCUACCGCAUCGACAGAGCUCAGGAGCACCUCAACUUGGUGAGCGACGUUUGCGAGGAUGAGCUCUACAUCCUGGACCCGGAGAUCGACAUCAAGGAGACAUUGGCACCGCCCAUCAUGCCUGACCUGGUGCACCCCGACGAGCGCCAGGACCAGCUCCUCUGCAGCUCUUCGAGCGAUGUCGCCUCGCUUCACGCUGAUGAUGAAGAGGACACGAUGGCGUGCGUCCACACACAAGAUGCGCGCGACACAGACGAACCUCCGUUUCCUGAUUAAAGACCACAUGACCAUAAGACGCUUUUGCCAGUGGACAACAAUUCUGAUCUCGUAUAAUCUUUGUUGUCCAUUCAGCAGGAAGUGAUGUCACGCAUGUCGACUCAAGCUAAUGUCAUGGAACAUGAUUUUAAUCGUAAUAAUAAACAUUGGUUAUUAAACAUUAUAUUUCACAUUUAAUUACGACACAGUAUAGGUAAUUAAGGAGAAGUUCCUUUGUGUAUAUUAUUUGUCCUUUUAAUCAUUAAAUUAAGUUUAACUUGAAUUAAAAAUGGAUGCCAUUUAUUCAGUCAUUCAUCACAUCAUUAAUAAACAAUUUACUUGUUCAUACAUUUGCCA